CGAAUCUUGUUGAUUUCUGUAGAUUUUCGUUUUGAAAAUAAAAUUCUGAAGUUGGUUGAAUAUAAAACCUCGAUAUUUCAACAUUCGCCGCCACACGCAACACGUCGAGCAUUCUCUGUCAGAAACGAUCCGCCGAAGCUGUCAGUAUUUCUUUAGACACGCGCGGUUCGGUGAAAUUCACGUGAUGACAAUCAAGAAUUAUCAGGUUAACUCUGUGCCAUGGACGACGCGAGACUGUACAGAUAUUACAGGUCCCGGAACAGUAAUCCUUUUCGAUGGCUGAUCUAUCACAUUCUGAUCAGCGACGCGAAGCUCAGGCAGACGUUUAAUUUGGGUCCGCAUUGCGGCUUCGUUACGUUCAUCACCUGGCUGAUGAUACUGAUCAUCCUACUCUGCUCGUUGCUGGUAACCAAAACGAUCGUCUCAGACGAAAAGGACUUCCUAGAGUUGUACAAGGAAACGAAAAAGAAAAUCCCCCGGAAGAAAAGCGUGACGGACAUCAGACCGGCGUACAAUUGUAUUCAUAAACACCUGCAACAGACCGACGUGUUUCAAGAGAAGACGAGGAAAAUGCUCUGUAAGGAACAUCUGGAGCUAGAAAUACUGAACAGCAAAAUCAAUUGUAUAAACAAGCUGUUGAAGCCAGAGGCGCAGACUGAAUGGCGGCGGAGCAAAUUACCGAAAGUGUAUUAUCGUCCCAUUAACUCCCCCGUGUCGAAGUAACAAUGUAAUUAACCAAACACAAACUUGCCCAAUAAAGAACGUGCAAACUGCAUCGACUUCGUAC